GUAAAGCCCCAAACGCUCCCCCAUACCACAGCCAGAUCGAUCGAGCAAGUCCACAACACUCCCACGUCAUCUGAUUCUCUAUCUCCACCACUUUGUCUUAUUGUACACUUGAUAGACCUAUUCCCGACAACUCUCAGCCCAGCCCACACUUGCAUCCCAUCUGCCCACCCCGUGGCACCAGCCUUCUUAUCUACGAUGGCUACUGUCGUUGCAUCUCAUAACAUUGGAAUUUGGCAAGAUCGACGGGAACCAUCUAUGCACAUUCCCAAUAUGCAUCUCACCAACAUCAUGCCUCCCUACGACAACUCCAGGAAUGUCACCAACGCUCCAGUCUCUCGCGAUUACCAACCCACCUCAAACCACAUGGACAUCAACAUGCCCCUCUACCAAAACAAUGCCCUCCCUACUUCGGUCCCAUACCAAGCGGGAGCGUUCGCAUACGACCCCAGUUCGGUAAACCCAUACAACAUGCAGCAGCCUUCAUACUACCCGCCAGCGAUGCCCCAUCCCGUUUCAUACGCUUCCUCCCAUGACGUCCAGCCGCUUCCCACCCUGCCAGAUGUCCGACAUGUUUUCAAUCACAACGUCAAGUCCGAGGGCACAUCACCAGCGCAUUCAGGCCAUAGUCACAUGUACGCCGAUCAGUCAUUUACAUCUGACUGCAAACGAUCAACGUCGGAGCCUACCGAAGGCAGUGGCGUGAACUUCGCCACUGAUGUGGACACUCUUAUGAGGGCUAUCCAGGCGAAACAAACAAACCCGCCCCAAGAACCGGAGCAGAAGGACGACGUAGUGAAGACUGCUCAGAAGCCAAGGAAGCGUUACCAGUGCACCGUCCCCAACUGCAAUAAGAGCUUUUACCAAAAGACACACCUUGAGAUCCACAUUCGCGCCCACACCGGCGACAAGCCAUUUCCUUGCAAGGCACCCGGCUGUGGUCAAUCUUUCUCGCAACUAGGUAACCUCAAGACACACGAGAGACGACACACUGGAGAGCGACCGUACAGCUGCGAUAUCUGUGGCAAGACAUUUGCUCAACGGGGAAAUGUGCGCGCACACAAGAUCGUCCACCAACAGAUCAAGCCUUUCAGCUGUAAGCUCGACGACUGUGGCAAACAGUUCACCCAACUAGGCAACCUCAAGUCGCAUCAAAAUAAGUUCCACGCCGCUACUCUUAGGUAUCUUACCACUAAGUUUGCGACCAUCAACCCAGGAGACUACGUCUCUCAAGAAGACAAGGAGCUUUGGGAGUACUUUGCAUCGCUAUACAAGAACUCCAACAAGGGCAUCAAAGGCCGUGGCAAGGAUAGGCGCAUCUCUGCCAUGUCAGCAUCUGCCUCCUCAUACCCUUCUUCCUACGCCUCCAUGCCAAUGGCUUCCAUGUCUCGAGGCUACGCCAGCUCUUUCCAUCAACAUAGCAGUGAUCGUAGCAGCCGCUGCUCUUCGAUGUCAUCUGACACCAUUCCAAUCCAGAGGGCAGACAGCGCAUACGACUUCAGCGCACCAAUGCACAACGGUUACCAUCAGCCCCAAGGCAAUGGCUACGACGACAAGGUCUUUCCAGAGCGGAUGAUGUACUGAGCACGCUUGAACACUUUGGAAAACUUCGGUCGAAUUAGUGGGAGUUCUUGGAUAUUGGCGCUGACACCUUGCGGUCAUCGGGGUUACGGGUGAUAGGUACCCAAGCUAGCGCAGCGAAGGGUACAUUCGCAUCUUUUCUUUCAUCUCCUUGGUUUACACGGGCGUUAUGGCAUAGUCACGCUGCAUCAGUAAUGUCUGUUAUGCCUUUUCAUGUGCGCCCAUCACGUUUGGCGUUCAGCACCUCAUGUAUCCUCAUUCCAUGUACGCUUGUUUGGCAAUCGGUCGCAAAAGGUUUUUACUGUCGUUGGCAUACCCCGGCACGCAUCAUUGUACG